ACAUCCCGGCAUGCAUCAGUUGUUCUCGUAGUGUUGGGCAACCCGGGAGAAUGGAGGAACUAGCUGUUGAAGUAUGCGGGAAAAAUGGCGCCUUUUACAAGGCUUAUGUCCGAAAUAUCCACCAAGAUCAAGUCAGUGUAGCAUUCUUGAACGAUUUGAAUAAUCCUAAGCGAGUGCCUUAUGAGGAAUGUCGACUGCCUCCCAGCAAUGCCCAGAGAAAGGAGAUAUACGUUGAUGAUGAAAUAGAGGUAUAUACCAGGGCCGAUGACAAUGAACCUUGUGGAUGGUGGCUAGCAAAGAUCAUCCACAAGAAAGGGGAGUUCUUUGUGAUCCAGUACUCGGGUUGGGAUGCAACUUUCAAUGAGAUUGUUCCCAGAGAGAGAAUCCGACCACCAAACACCAACGGCUCUAUCAGUCGCCAGAUGUACUACAAGGUGAUGAUAGACGUGCCCCCAGACCUCAAGAACAUCUGUAAAGAUGAGAACACUCACAGAGAGUUCAAAAAACAGGUCAAUGCCGCUUGUGUUGGAUAUAAUGAAAACCUGAAUGUGCUUGUGGUCUUGUCUCGGUCAGAGCUGCCUGUGAAGCGUGCUGCCAUGCUAAGUGAGAUUCACUUCAGGAGUCUUCGCACUAAGAUGCUGUUACAAUCAUGGUCUGACGAGACUGCUAGACAACUAGAGCUUGCCAAGAAGCAAAUGGGCGUCUUGGAGAGGCUAAAAUUGCCAGAGCACCUGAUGGGACUUGCAAUAGGUGCGCAGGGUGCCAAUAUACAACAGGCAAGGAAGCUUCCAGGUGUCAUGUCUAUCGAAGUUGAUGAAGAGAACUGCACCUUCAACAUCUGCGGAGAGAAUGAGAGAGCUGUCCUGGAAGCAAGGCGUCUGUUGGAGUAUGCAGAGGAGACAGUGUAUGUUCCUAAACCUCUUGUUGGUAAGGUUAUUGGCAAGAAUGGUCGUAUUAUCCAGGAUAUCGUGGACAGGUCAGGAGUGACAAGAGUGAAAAUUGAACCCCCAGAUGAGAACCAGACGCCGGAAGAAAAACAAGCAAAGAAAGAGGUCUCCUUUCUGUUUGUGGGCACAAAGGAGUGUAUUGACAACUGCAGAAUGAUGUUGGAUUAUCAUGUUGCACACUUGAAGGAAGUCGAACAGAUGAAGAGGGAAAAAGAGAGCUUGGACCACCAGCUACAGAACAUGGGAAUCAGCCCCCCUACAGGCCCCUCCUACAUUCCUACGCCGGCCGAGAUGAGGAUAGGGACCAACCUGAUGGUUGCUCCACCAGACUCCACAGGCAGCACUGGCCGCGAUAGGGCACUGACCACUGAUAGCUACGGGGGGGACCUCAGUGAAGGCAUGUCAAUCAGCACCGACCCCGGAACAACUGCACGCCCAUCUACGAUCCGGAUACGCUCCAGUAGCGAGAGUGAUAACACGGAGUCUGGCCGAUUGAAUUCCCAGAAUGCAAACCGGCGUGCACCAACUCCUACUUCUGAGCUGACAGAUAUCCGUGAGGAGGGUGAGGAACACGGUGCUCACAAGGGCCGCUCGGGAGAACCAGUAAAAGAUCAGCGCAAGAAGCCAUCUCCAUGGUUCAUGUCCAACCGUAAGCGUUCCAAUAGCGAGGGCAAAGACGACAAGCCAAACGGCGACGGCCGACAACAUCAACACAACGGGCGCAGCAACCAGAGACCAGACCAGCGGUCGUGGAACCAAGGCAAGGCGCAGGCGCGACACUCACAGCAGUCAAACCGGUCAAACAAGUCAAGCAGUAACGGCACACAGAUGCGCUCAAAUUCAGGAAGUCUUUCCCAGAACUGGAGGAAGCAGGAAGGGCGGAAAGAACGGAGCGGCUCAGAUGAGACUGAGGCAAAGCCGUCAGAAGUAGCAGCAGAAGAAACAGUCGCGGAAGAGAAAGUCAACAGCGAAGAGAAGUCGUCCGUGGAGAGCGCCGAGCAGGCGAGCAAAGGAACGGAGAAGAAAUCUUGUGAUCAAACAGAAGCAGUAGAUGCCCCGAUAAGCGCUGAAGGUUGAAUAAAUAACCUCACUUUCGGGUGGUAGCCUGGUAGAGGUAGGACCCCUGGAGAGGUUGUAAGUUGGUUUGUACAGCAAUAUUCGUAGACCAAGACUGUACAUCUGUAGAACAUCAGUCGGUUUUGGAAACUGUGAAAAAGAAUCCUAAAAGUUAUCCAUAUUAUAUUUUUUUUAUAUAAUUCGAGUAAAUUUUAGAAAAUUUUAGAUUUUACUCUGACACGUCCAACUUUGAAUAGAUUUUUAGUAUGGUUCAUUUAUCACAAGAUUCCUGAGUGAAAAAAAAAAACAUUGAAUUCUUUGCAUCAGCCUUUAACACGUUCUGCCCUUGUAUUGGUUCGCCUGUGGAUAAAUAGGCACAGUUUUAAUACUUUCCCCCAAAAAGGGUAUAUUCUCAAAAUACACAUUUUACUUUGAUAUGAUCUAGGCAAUCAGCUAAGCGUGUGACAUUUUAAUCGCUCCAGCAGCUAUCAAUGCUCGUCAACUCCCGUUUUUAUUGCCCUCGAACCCGAACAAUCUAGACCAUCUUUUUUUUUGUUAUAUAAAGUUUAAAUAUUUUAAACUAUAUUGACUCGUAACUUUUCCAUCCACAAUUUAAUCCCCCCCUUGUCGCGUGACAGAAUCUUGCGUGACAUCUACGUGACAGUUGUGCGCUUACGUGACGGUUGUAACAUUUUAAUGUCAAAAUCUUGGUCAAGUAUAUAUUGUUGUACAGGUCAUAUAUGAUCAAAAUCUAUUGAAAUGUGUAAUAUACUACAAUAAAUGUAUCAUACCGUUGGA